AAGAGUAUAUUUGGUAAACAGCUUCCUUGUCCUUAUGAUGGUCCACCGAAAGAGCCCUCCACAUCCACGCGAAAUGUCCUACGAGAAGUUUGCGGUCCAGAAUUUAGCUCUGGACCUGUAUGUUGCACUCACGACCAGCUCACAACUCUUGAGGAUAACUUUCGAAUUGUGGACAAGAUUGUCUCAGCUUGUCCAGCUUGCAAGAACAACUUUCACGAUUUCUUCUGCAAGUUCACUUGCUCACCCAAUCAAGGCUCAUUUCUCAACGUUACAUCCACACAGACUACGAACAACGACCAGAUUGCUGUCAAAUCUGUCGACUUUUAUUUUGGACCUCAGUUCGUCCAGGGUUUCUUCGAGAGUUGCAAGGACGUCAAGUUCGAUGCUAGCAGCGGAUAUGCAAUGGAUUUUAUAGGUGGAGGAGCUAAGAACUAUCACGACUUC